AUGAACCCGCACCGCUCCGAACGCUUGGUCUACACCGCAUUCGAGGCGGACAAGCACGAUGCCUUUUUGUUUUCCAUGCACAAUGAUCCCGUCUCCUGGACAAAGUCUUGCUCUCAGAUCCAGCGCCCCAUGACGCGCGCAUUCCACGAAGGUAUUCUGCGCCACCACGGCAAUCAGCUUCUCUUUGUCGUCAUCAACAGAGUCGUCACGGGUGGUGCGCAGGAGGGGCACGGCAGCGCCGAACCAACUGAGAAGCUCGAGCCUGUGGGCAAAGUCGUGCUGGAUGCCUCGGACUCGACGUCGGUGCAGCACGGCAGCACGGAAAUCGGCAUCGGGAUCCACAGGGAUUUUCAGGGUAUGGGUUACGGCAAGGAGACGCUCAACUGGGUGCUUGACUGGGCGUUCAACUAUGCCAACCUGCACAGGGUCGGGCUUACUGUUUACGAGUGGAAUGACGGCGCCUACGCGCUGUACAAGAACGUCGGCUUUCGCGAAGAGGGUCGGAAGAGGGAGGCGCUUUACAAAACCGGCAGGCGUUGGGAUGAAAUUAUCAUGAGUAUGUUGGUGCAUGAGUGGCGGGCUCUGCGGGGAUUGGAUGGCGCUACGGCUUGA